AUGCGAGAAUGUGGGCAUGGGAGGAAUCGCAUGAGUGUCAAGUGCAUGCCAAGUGUGGGAGCGUCCAGUGCGACUGCAAGCGAGGGCGGGACCGCUCAAGGGCGUUAUUGCGAGUGGGUGAGGCCGUGUCAUCGUGAGUGCGAGAGCAUUUUUUCUUGUGAAGGAUCAAUGGAAAUCCCGCUAAAAUACAAACAAUUGUGGAACAACUGGGAUGUUCGUGUCUUGAUUUUACUCAGCCUAUCUAUCCAAAUAAUUCUUAUUUUCCUUGGCCGUAUGAGAAGAAAUUCCACCUCGAGAUGGAUACAAAUUGUCGUAUGGGCCAGCUACUUGUUUGCUGACUGGGUUGCUGACUUUGUCCUUGGCCAACUAAGUAGCUCCAUGGAUGAUUCCUCCUCCUCCAACGUUGUCCUCGCUUUUUGGGCUCCCUUCCUCAUCCUCCAUCUUGGUGGCCCUGACACUAUCACUGCCUACUCUACGGAAGAUAAUGAACUUUGGGCUCGCCAUCUUCUCGGGCUUGGUUACGAGCUUUUUAUUUCCUUUUAUGUUCUCUUCCGAUCCCUUCCAAAUACUCGUCUACUCGUACCCACCCUCUUGAUAUUCUUAGUCGCCAUCAUUAAAUAUGUAGAGCGCUCUUACUCACUUUACAAAGCCAGUGUUAAAGGCAUUCAAAGUUCUGUCAGCUCCUCCCAUAUAACACUAUCAACAAAAGAUUUGAAUGCUUUGGUUCAAGCUUUUUGGUUAUACUCUGUUAUUAAGCCUUAUUUUGUUGAUGUUUUUCCAAUCUUGCCUCAGUAUGAUGAAAGUAAAAAUAUUGUCACGGAGAUGUCAAUAGAGGAUGUUUUGAUGGUUUUGAGAAAGGAUCUUAGUUAUGCUUAUGAUGAGUUUUACACUAAGGCCAUUGUAAAUCACUCCAUACCUGGGUAUGUUCUCCGAGUUAUCUGCUCUACUUGCAUUUUGUUGGCUUUUUCACUCUUUAUUUUAGAACCAAAGGAUGAUUUUAAUAACCUUGAUGUAGCCAUCACCUAUGUCCUACUUACAACCUCUAUAUGCCUCGACUUUAUGGCUACUAUCAUGCUUAUACUCUCCGACAGAAUGAUAGUUUCUCUCCUUAAUGUUAAGAAGUUGAGGUAUUGGAGUGUGUUGCUUGCAGAAUAUAUUAUGAGAAUUAAAAAUACAUGUCAUAAGAGAAGUUAUUGGUCGAUAAAGUUGCCGCAAUUGAAUAUACUCAUUAAUUGUCUCUCAAUUUCUUCACCCAAUAAAACUCUUCGACAGAGUAUGAUGAGUUGGGUUGCAAAAAAGUUGAGCUUCGUGCAAGAAACAAAGUUGUAUAUGUUUUGGGCAUUAACAAAACAAGAAACUUACACAUUGCAGACAAUGCAGCCUAUACAGGCAACACAAGAGGUUCUAGAGAUCAUUGUUGCCCAUUUAAAAAGACGCAUGAAUUACCCAGUAGAGGAAUUAAACAAACCAGCUGGCUCCCUUGCCCUUCAACAAGUAAGAAACAUUGACGUUGAUUGGGCUGUAGUGCCAUUUGUUCAGCUUUUUGAGAGGUUAUCAUUUGACCAACAAGUUUUGAUAUGGCACAUCACUACCGAGCUCUGCUUCCAUUGGAAUCCAGUGUCUCUACAACCCUUGUCUCCUCAUCGAAUUGAGAUGAAAGUAGAGGAAAAUAUUUUUGAAGGAGUAAAGAGAAAGAGCUCAAAAAUGGAAGCUUGUAAGUAUUUGUCCAAUUAUAUGAUGCACAUGGUGAUGAUACGAUCAGAAAUGAUGUCUACCAUGGGAGGACUGAGCUAUAUGCUAUUCCGGGAGACUAUUGAAGAAAUGGUUGAGUUCAUUCGUGAGAGUUGUGAUGGCCAUCAACUGCUAAAGCCAAAUGAAAAAGUUGAUGAGGUGUGCAUGAAGAUGAUAGCGACUCCAAUAGAAUUUAACGACCUUACUGCAUCUUUGUUUGGUACAGCACGAGUACUUGCUCGUUUGAUGUUAAUUCUUAGGGAGGAAGAGAGAUGGCAAGUCAUAACCACAGCAUGGGUAGAGCUUUUACAGAAAGGGGCGAAGGAUUCAAAGGCAAACAUACAUAUGAAGCAGCUGAGUAGAGGAGACGAGCUCUUGACUUUCAUGUGGCUUUGCAACAAACAUUUAAUGUUAGAUGAUAUGCAUGUGCGUGGAAUUCAUGACAUGGCUGGUUUACAUGAGAAGGCUAAGCAUCUCAUCUCUGAGAUCGAACUUCAUUUACAGGAUCAUACAUUUAAUUAA